GGAGGGGCGGCAGCAGCUGCGUUGGGCCAGCGACUGGCAGAAGAGCGAGCUCUUCAGACCCUCGGGACGAACCCGACGACGACGCCGAGUCAGACGACUCACACAUCCACUGGGGUUCUGUGCUUGCGUGGUGAGUUCGUCACUCCCGGAUACUUUGACCUGGCGGCUGGAAAGAUUGUUCCGCUGGACAACAUCCUAACUCUCGAAGACGGGUUGGAGUAUUUUAACACAAAUGACCGAGUGGAGAUCAAGUGCGAUAAUGUUUACGAGAGCAACAGCACAGAAAAAGAUAAAGUCCCG